UCGAUGUUUUUCCACCUCUAGCUCUCGAACUCGGUCGUUUCGCUCGUCAAAAAAGUCAGAAAAUGUGGAAAAUAAUUGAUAAACUGUUCUGAAAAGUGUGUGUAAAUGCUAUGUAAAGUGUCUGUUUGUGAAAUUUCAUUGUAUUUGCAAACCGGAAUGGCCGAAAAUGUGUAAAAAUCGAGAGCAGCAAACCUGAUUUUUGUGAAGAAGAAGCAGGCAUUUUUCAUCGUCGUAAAACGCGUACAUACAGACACUCACACACAGAUAUAUAUAUAUGUAUAUAUCAAACGCGCGGGCGCGCGAGAGUGAGAAAGCGAAAUAACAAGAGAGCGUGUUUUUGUGCGUUUGUUUUGUGCGACAAAUAGAGAGCGUGAGAGCGGCGAAUGUGAGAGCCAAAGCAAAAACCAAGAAAUAAGUGAACGAAAAUAAAAACGAAAAUCGCAAUGUCCAACCCUGUGUUUUGUGUUUACUAGUGUUUUGGAUGUUUCUGUGCCGUUUUGUUGUGGAAAAUAUAGGAUUUGGAUUAUUCGUGCACUAAAAAUGUAAAAAUGCCGAACGGUAAAUGCAGCCUAAACAACCCCUGAAACUGAAUCUCAAUCUGCAUCUGGAUUAUUCGCUCGACAAAAAGAUUUCAAGACACGCAGACUGCAGACUUUUAUGCACCAGUGUGUGCGUUUGUGUGUAAAGAAGUGUGGUGGAAAUGGGAUGAUGUAGACCGAGGAUAUAUAGAGAUGAUGAUGGGGAUAAUGAUGGUAAUGAUAAUGAGCACCAUGUGGCCGCCAACACAAACCAGCAUCAAUCGAAACAACAACAGAAACAACAAAAGCAGCAGUUACAGAUGAGAAAAGUUGCCGCGAAAGUACAGCAAUGUGGAAAACUGUGAAUUCGUCGAGCAGAAACUCCAAACGCAGAAAAACUAAACGCGCAAAAAGAAGAAUUUUCAUCAGGCCAUAAAAGCGAGAACAAAGAGAAAAACUGUCGUAAAAAGAGGCAGCAGGGAAAAACCCACCACUUAAUAGUGGCCCACAACAGCAACAACAACAAAUUGAGCUAUCCACAAGUCCAAGAAAUCAAACAAAUUGAAGAAAUCAAAGAAAACAAACUGCAAGUCGCAAUCUAAACAGAACAAAAAACGAGGAAAAUCAAAUUAAAAGGCAGGCAAAUGCAAAUGCAAAGGCAAUCGCAAACGUACUACUAUUAUGGGCCGCUCCAAGUUUCCCGGCAAACCCUCCAAGUCAAUCAACCGUAAGCGGAUCAGUGUCCUGCAGCUGGAGGAUGAGGCCAACCCGGCAGCGGAAUCGCAGCAGCCACCGGCGGAAUCUCAGCAGCCAAGUGGAUCGGGAUCCGGUUCGUCAGGGGCGCGGGAAAAGGGCAACAAUUGUGAUAACGAUGAGGAUGACAAUGCACCAGGUGGUGCCUCGAUUAGUGGCAAUGCCGCAUCUUCGUCGGGCGCCACAUCGAGCUCUGAAAACAGCGGUAAUGGCAGCGGUACCGGUUCGGGAUCGGGAUCAUCCGGUUCGGGGUCCACCAAUGGCGGUGGAGUAAAUGGCGGAACCCAUCACAAAAGUGCUGCUAAUCUGGAUAAGGAGGCUGUGAACAAGGAUAAAAAUGGGGAUAGUGAUAAAACAAGAGCAGCUGCCUCAAGACCAGGAGCGAUACCCACUGAGUCAUCAAACUCUGGCUCAUCUUCAGGAAAAUCAUCUGUAGUACCUACUGGAAAAUUCUCUGGCAAGACUUCGAAAAUUUCCUCAGGAUCUUUUUCUGUAACAUCUUCUGGGAGGUCCUCUGGUUCAUCUCCGGAUGCUAACUAUGCAGCAUCUUCUGAUGGUGCAUCUUCGGGAAUAUCUUCUGGCAAGUCUACAGAGACAACAACUGCAAAGUCCUCUGAAGCAUCAUCUGCAGCGUCUUUCGGAAUAUCCUUGGGGAAAUCUGCAAAGGCAACUGUAACCGGGACUUGCUCUACUGGAAAGACCUCAAAAACAUCUUCUGGAACCACUUGUGAGGCAACAACCUCCGGAAUGAUUGGUGCAGCAUCAUUGAAAGCUCUGUCUGUAGUCACACCGGCCACAUCCACUGGAUUAGCCAGUGCCCUUGCCUCCCCGGGAGCAUCCUCGCCAGGAGGAGCCUUUGCUAUAAGUGCCGCUUUGCUGAGAGCCCGCAAAAAUAGCAAUAAAAAGUUUAAGAAUCUAAACCUGGCCAGGGGCGAAAUAAUGCUGCCCUCCACAUCCAAGUUGAAGCAGCUCAGUUGUCCGGUGGUGGACAGUCCCACCACCUCGGCAAACGCCUCGGCUUCCCCGCUUGCUUUGGAGGGAGUUCUGGGAGUAGGGGGCGUGUCCAGCCCAGGCGAAGAUGUGUCCCUGAAGCGCGUCUUGAGCGAAAUGCCCAAUGAAGUCGACCCCGAAGUCGCUUCAUCCGGCUGCCCUGCACCGGCAAAUGGUGUUACAUCGGGAAAGGGAGUUGCUCCGACUGGAACACAAGCAACAGGAGCAUCAGCUGGAGGCAGUAGUCCUAAACCAGGAGCAGACGCAGGAUCUUCGACGGCAUCAACGGCAGCCAAGCAAAAGAAGACCGUAACGUUUAAGAAUGUGUUGGAGACAAGCGAUGAUAAGUCGGUGGUUAAGCGGUUUUACAAUCCGGAUGUCCGCAUACCAAUCGUCUCGAUCAUGAAAAAAGAUUCUCUGAAUCGACCCCUGAACUACUCCAGAGGAGGCGAAUGUAUCGUGCGGCCCUCCAUCCUGUCAAAGAUACUCAACAAGAGCUCGAACAUCGAUAAGCUCAACUCACUCAAAUUCCGAUCGGUGCCAGCGAGCUCAUCUUCUCUAAACCGGGAAUCAGGCACCAGCGUGUCUGGAUCCUCUCCCAAUGUCUUUGGUUUAUUGCGUGCUUUUGGCGCACCCAUGGAUGAGGACGACGAGGGUGGUGUAACCUUUCGUCGCAAUUAUUCUCCUGAAGUUCAAAACAACGAGGAGAAUGAAGAAAUGGAUGAAGAUGAGGACGACCAAGAAGUCGAGGAGGAGGAGGAAAAUGAGCCGGAUGACAACGAUGAAGCAGCCUCCGAAAAGAGUGCGGAUACGGAGAAAAGUGCAGGCUCUGAAGAGCGGGAUCCGGAAGAGAGGCAACUUGUCAUGGACUCGCAUUUUGUACUUCCCAAGAGGAGUACAAGAUCCUCUAGAAUUAUCAAGCCCAACAAAAGAUUGCUCGAAGAGGGUGCUAUCAGCACAAAGAAGCCUCCGCAAUGUGGCGACUCCAAGGCUAAGAACCUCUUUAGCGCAGCUUCCUCCAGUGCUGUUACCUCUGCGUCCACCUCUGGAAGUCAGAAGCUCGCCAAGGAGGGCUUCUCCAGCUUUGGCAGCCUGAAAACAAAUAGCAGUGCAGGUGAAAGCUUUGUGCUGCGACCUCCGCGACUGCAAUUUCAGGCGGACAGCAAGCAGGGACCCUUCGCUGUUGCCAAAGCCUGCCCAACAUCGCCCAGUGCCAUUCCGACGCCAGUUAAUUCUUUGGCGGUUUCGUCUUUUGGAACGCUUGCCAGUCCCAGCUCAAGUUCAACAACAGGAACACCUGCUCCCAGUGUCUGCUCCGUGUGCUGCGCGGCGGUCAGUAGCAAAGAAAUGGCCCAGGCCCGCAAGUAUGGAGUCGUGGCCUGCGACGUGUGCAGGAAAUUCAUUUCGAAGAUGACCAAGAAAUCCAUAUCGGCUACUUCGAGCAGUGCCAAUGCUUCUUCCGCCACCCAACAGCAACUACAGUGCAAGGGAACCGAAGGAUCAACCUGCAGUAUCCAUUCGGCUAAGAGCCAGUUGAAGAACUUUAAGAAGUUUUACAAGGAUCGCUGUACCGCCUGUUGGCUGAAGAAGUGCAUGAUCUCCUUUCAGCUGACGGCAGCGCACAGGAGUAGGUUGGGAACCAUUUUGCCACCAGGAAUGCGAGUGGAAGCCUCAACCCGCGAAGAUAAAACCGCGGAACUGCUAUCUCCAACGGGCAACCUAAAAUAUACUUCCUCUGCGUCCUCUACUUCCUCAUCUGUGAUUGCUUCUUCUGCAACUGUUAAAUGGAAAUCCAGUGGAGAUUCCACCUCUGCGUUAACCUCUAUUAAGUCCAAUCCUUUGGUGGAGAACAAUGUCACAUUUGGGAGUACCCCUCUGCUGCGUCCAGCGAUUUUGGAGAAGCCACUCUUCCUGAAAAUAAGCAAUGCAGCAGAUCAAAAGCUCACAGCACCUGAGAGCGUUAGUCCCAGUCCGUCGAGAAAGACGAGUAAGCAGGAAAAGGAAAAGGUUAAGGAACAGGAGCAGAGCGAGAAGCCACUUAGUCCCACUUUGGCAGCCACCAAAAAAUCUACAGCAGUGGAAACUCCAGUUACAGAAGCGCAAAAGGACGAGGCACCGCAUGCUUCUUCAACAGCAGGAACAGCUAUACAUUCUGCAACUUCCAAUGGAAUGUCUCAAAGUGGUACUCAACCAGACGCUAAUGGGGAUACCAAUACUACGGGCGACACCUUAAAGCGUCAAAGGAUUGAUCUGAAGGGGCCUCGAGUCAAACAUGUCUGCCGCAGUGCCUCUAUUGUGCUCGGGCAACCUUUGGCCACCUUCGGCGAGGAUCAGCAGACCGAGGAGGAGGCUGAAGUGCUCCAAGAAAUUGCUACUCCAGUGCCAUCAGGAAUUCCAGAGCCUGUCCCUAACAAACCAACUCAAAUGGUUACGGAUGAGAACGAUAACUGUGCUAGCUGUAAAACUGCUCCUGUUGAAGAAGCGAAGCCUUCUAAGUCCUCUGGAACAACUCAAGCUGAAGUAAAGAAGCUAGCACCAGCAGUAAAAGAAGCACCGGCAUCUACAGCAUCUUUAGCAACAGCACCUGCGAAGGUCACAACAAGAAAUGCAGCGGUUACAUCCAACCUAAUAGUGGCGCCCAGCAAAAAACAACGAAAUGGGGACAUUGUUACCUCCGGUUCAACCACUCAAUCUUCUAACCAAACCCAAGGACGUAGGGCGAAGGAGCAGAGGCAGCAACGUACGCUCAUCUCUAUCGAUUUCUGGGAGAAUUAUGACCCAGCCGAAGUGUGCCAAACGGGUUUUGGAUUGAUUGUAACUGAGACAGUGGCUCAGAGGGCACUGUGCUUCCUGUGUGGUUCUACGGGCUUGGAUCCACUGAUCUUCUGUGCCUGCUGUUGCGAACCAUAUCAUCAGUACUGCGUCCAGGAUGAGUACAACCUGAAGCACGGAUCUUUUGAGGAUACAACGCUGAUGGGCAGCCUGCUGGAAACUACGGUCAAUGCUUCUGGUCCAACAUCGUCAUCCCUGAAUCAACUGACCCAGCGCUUGAAUUGGCUGUGUCCACGCUGCACUGUUUGCUACACCUGCAACAUGUCAUCGGGGUCCAAGGUCAAGUGCCAGAAAUGUCAGAAGAACUAUCAUAGCACGUGCUUGGGGACAAGCAAGAGACUUCUAGGAGCAGAUCGUCCUUUAAUAUGUGUCAAUUGCCUGAAAUGCAAAUCUUGCUCCACGACAAAAGUGUCAAAGUUUGUGGGGAAUCUACCGAUGUGUACGGGCUGCUUUAAGUUGCGCAAAAAGGGCAACUUUUGUCCGAUAUGCCAGAGAUGCUAUGACGAUAAUGACUUUGAUCUAAAGAUGAUGGAGUGCGGCGAUUGCAGCCAGUGGGUUCAUUCAAAGUGCGAGGGACUAAGCGAUGAGCAAUACAAUCUGCUAAGUACGUUGCCGGAAUCAAUCGAGUUCAUUUGCAAGAAAUGUGCGCGUAGGAAUGAGAGUUCCAGGAUAAAGGCAGAAGAGUGGCGUCAGGCGGUGAUGGAGGAGUUCAAGGCCAGUCUAUAUAGUGUACUGAAGUUGCUUAGCAAAUCUCGGCAGGCCUGUGCCCUCCUAAAACUGAGUCCUCGCAAAAAAAUGCGAUGCACCUGUGCUGCAUCCUUGAACCAAGGAAAACUUCAACCGAAAGCCCUCCAGUUUAGCACUGGAUCGGAUAAUGGCUUGGGCAGCGACGGAGAGUCCCAAAACAGCGACGAUGUUUACGAGUUUAAGGAGCAGCAGCAGCAGCUGCAAAGAAAUGCGAACAUGAACAAGUCACGAGGGAAAUCCCUGUCCUGCACCUGCCAACAACACAUCAGUCAUUCGCAAUCCUUUAGCUUGGUGGAUAUUAAACAGAAGAUUGCUGGCAAUUCAUACGUUUCCCUGGCGGAAUUCAACUAUGACAUGAGCCAGGUUAUCCAGCAGAGUAAUUGCGAUGAAUUGGACAUCGCCUACAAGGAGCUGCUGAGUGAACAGUUUCCCUGGUUUCAAAACGAAACGAAAGCCUGCACUGAUGCCUUGGAGGAGGAUAUGUUUGAGUCCUGUUCGGGAACCAACUACGAGGAUUUGCCAGACGGAGUAGGAGGCAGUAGCUCUGUCUACAACGAACACUCUACUUCGCAGGCAGAGUCGCGUUCUGGUGUCUUGGAUAUUCCCCUGGAGGAGGUUGACGACCUUGGCAGCUGUGGCAUCAAGAUGCGAUUGGACACCAGGGUGUGUCUGUUCUGCCGGAAGAGUGGCGAAGGCUUGUCCGGCGAGGAAGCACGACUCCUGUACUGCGGUCAUGAUUGCUGGGUGCACACCAAUUGUGCGAUGUGGUCGGCGGAGGUUUUCGAGGAGAUUGACGGUUCCCUGCAAAAUGUCCACAGUGCGGUGGCCAGGGGAAGGAUGAUCAAGUGCACGGUGUGUGGAAAUCGAGGAGCCACUGUCGGUUGCAAUGUGCGAUCUUGCGGUGAGCAUUACCACUACCCAUGUGCCAGAAGCAUCGACUGCGCCUUUCUCACAGACAAAUCCAUGUAUUGCCCCGCACAUGCCAAGAAUGGAAAUGCCUUAAAGGCCAAUGGAUCCCCCAGUGUCACAUACGAAUCCAACUUUGAAGUAUCCCGACCCGUGUAUGUGGAGUUGGAUAGAAAGCGGAAGAAGCUAAUUGAACCAGCCCGUGUGCAAUUCCACAUUGGAUCCUUGGAGGUGCGGCAAUUGGGAACCAUUGUACCCAGAUUUUCCGAUUCCUACGAGGCCGUGGUACCCAUAAACUUCCUCUGCAGUCGUCUAUAUUGGUCUUCGAAAGAACCCUGGAAAAUAGUAGAGUAUACUGUACGCACCACUAUUCAGAACAGUACGUCAACCCUAACAGCCCUGGAUGUGGGCAGGAACUAUACUGUGGACCACACGAAUCCCAAUGGCAAGGAGGUUCAGUUAGGUUUGGCGCAAAUCGCCCGCUGGCAUACCAGUCUGGCCAGGAGUGAUUUCUUGGACAACGGCGGAGCCGAUUGGAGCGGGGAGUUUCAAAAUCCCAACUCUUGCGUACCACCAGAUGAAAACACGGAAGAGGAGCCGCAACAGCAGGCUGACUUGCUUCCGCCAGAGAUCAAGGAUGCAAUAUUCGAGGAUCUCCCCCACGAACUACUCGACGGCAUCUCCAUGCUGGACAUUUUCAUGUACGAGGACCUUGCGGAUAAAACAGACCUAUUCGCCAUUAGUGAACAAUCAAAGGAUGGUACUCAGGCCAUGACAUCCGGUCAGGCUCAGAGUCAAAGUCAACAAGGCGGAGGAGCAUCUGUAAGCAUAUGUGAUGAGGACACUCGAAAUUCGAAUACGAGUUUGGGAAAUGGCUGGCCAGCCAGCAAUCCCGUGGAGGAUGCCAUGUUAUCCGCAGCCAGGAACUCCAGUCAAGUGCAGAUGCUCAAAACUUUAGCCUGGCCAAAGCUUGACGGAAACAGUGCCAUGGCUACGGCUAUUAAGAGGCGAAAACUAUCUAAAAACUUGGCUGAAGGAGUGCUAUUAACCCUGAGCAGUCAGCAACGAAGCAAAAGAGAGAUGGCCACGGUGGCUGGCGUAUCCAGGAGGCAGUCCAUCAGUGAGGCAUCCACCGAAGGCGUGGCCUCCACAUCUGGGUCGGUGAGAAGCAAGAGCUUCACCUGGAGUGCGGCAAAGCGUUAUUUCGAAAAGAGCGAAGGACGGGAAGAGCCAACCAAGAUGAGGAUAAUGCAAAUGGAUGGCGUGGACGACUCAAUCACCGAAUUCCGCAUAAUUGCCGGGGAUGGAAAUUUAUCAACAGCUCAGUUCACGGGACAGGUUAAAUGUGAUCGUUGUCAGUGCACUUACAGGAACUACGAUGCUUUCCAGCGCCAUUUACCCUCCUGUGGACCCUCAAUGUCCACCAAUGAAUCCGAAUCCGAUGUGAACGCAGCAGGAAACACCAAUAAUUCCGCCCAGCUGAGUGCGGAAAGCUUGAAUGAGCUGCAAAAGCAACUGCUAGCAAAUGCAGGAGGCUUAAAUUACCUCCAAACAGCAACAUCGUUUCCCCAAGUGCAGGGCUUGGGUUCUCUGGGUCAGUUUGGCUUGCAGGGAUUGCAGCAGCUCCAGCUGCAACCACAAUCCCUGGGCAAUGGAUUCUUCUUAUCCCAACCGAAUCCCACUACCCAAGCGAACACAGAUGAGUUGCAAAUCUAUGCGAAUUCCCUGCAAAGUUUGGCCGCCAAUCUGGGUGGAGGUUUCACGUUGGCUCAGCCAACGGUGACAGCUCCAGCGCAACCUCAAUUGAUUGCUGUCUCCACCAAUCCCGAUGGCACUCAGCAGUUUAUCCAAAUCCCCCAGACGAUGCAGGCCACAACAACUGCUCCAACGGCAACGUAUCAGACCCUGCAGGCCACCAAUACGGAUAAGAAGAUAAUGCUUCCCCUGACGGCAGCCGGAAAACCCCUGAAAACAGUGGCCACCAAGGCGGCUCAGCAGGCGGCGGCCAAGCAGAGGCAACUGAAGUCCGGCCAUCAGGUGAAGCCCAUUCAGGCCAAGCUGCAGCCGCAUCCCCAACAGCAUCAGCAUCAGCAGCAGCAACAGGCCCAAGUGCAACAGCCCAUCACGGUGAUGGGUCAGAACAUCCUCCAGCCGCAGCUGCUGUUCCAGAGCAGUGCCCAGUCGCAGGCACCGCAGCUAAUCCUCCCGCAAGCCCAGCCCCAGAACAUCAUUUCGUUUGUGACUGGAGACGGAAGCCAGGGACAGCCACUGCAAUACAUCUCCAUACCCACUGCUGGGGACUAUAAGCCACAGCCGCAGACCACGGCGACGCCCACUUUUCUGACAACCGCUCCCGGUGGUGGAGCCACAUACCUGCAAACGGAUGCAAGUGGAAAUUUAGUGCUAACAACUACACCCACUAACUCCGGACUACAAAUGCUUACGGCGCAAUCGCUGCAAGCUCAACCCCAAGUGAUAGGAACACUCAUCCAGCCGCAAACCAUUCAGCUGGGCGGGGGAUCGGAUGGGAACCAGGCAGGCAGCAAUCAGCAACCGCUGAUUUUGGGUGGAACAGGUGGCGGUGCCACUGGCUUGGAGUUUGCCACCACCACGCCCCAAGUGAUUUUGGCCACCCAGCCGAUGUACUAUGGUCUGGAGACGAUUGUCCAGAAUACGGUCAUGUCGUCGCAGCAAUUCGUGUCCACUGCAAUGCCCGGAAUGCUCAGUCAGAAUGCUAGCUUCUCCGCCACUACCACACAGGUCUUCCAGGCAAGUAAAAUCGAACCGAUUGUUGAUCUGCCCGCUGGAUAUGUGGUGCUUAAUAAUACUGGAGAUACAACGACUACGGGGACGUUCCUGAACGCAGCCAGUGUACUGCAACAGCAGUCGCAAGAUGACACAACCACACAGAUACUGCAGAAUGCCAACUUCCAGUUCCAAACAGUGCCCACAUCUUCAGCUGCCUCCACAUCAAUGGAUUACUCCGCACCCGUUAUGGUCACGGCCAAGAUUCCGCCAGUAACUCAAAUGAAGAGAACGAAUGCUCAGGCCAAGGCAGCCGGGAUUUCGGGAGUGGGCAAGGUGCCACCGCAACCGCAGGUGGUGAACAAGGUGCUGCCCACCAACAUAGUCACCCAGCAGGCACAAGUACAGCUUAAGAACUCCAAUCUCAAACAAUCUCAGGUCAAGGCCAAAACUGCAUCUGCCACGGGUACGAAUUGUGGAGCUCCACCGAGUAUUGCUUCGAAGCCUCUUCAAAAGAAAACCAACAUGAUUCGACCCAUUCACAAGCUGGAAGUGAAACCGAAAUUGAUGAAGCCCACGCCGAAGGUGCAGCAACAAAACCAUGUAAUGUUGCAGCAACAGCAGCAGCAGCAGCCACAGCUGCAGCAGCAAAUUCCAGCCGUGGUGGUGCCCAAGGUGGCGAUCUCUCAGCAGCGAAUCCCAGCACAACCUCAGCAGCAACUUCAGCAGACGCAGUUGCUCCACAUUCCCCAGCAGCAGCAGCAGCAACAGCAUCAGCAGCAGCAACAACAACAGCUACAGAUACAGCAGCAGCAGCAACAGGUGCAGGUACAGGUGCAACCCUCGAUGCCAAUUAUAACAAUUGCUGAAGCACCUGUGAUGCAAACCCAAUUCGUGCUGGAACCGCAACUGUUGGAGCAGCAGGAAAUGGCGAACCGAGUGCAGCAUUUUUCCACCAGUAGCAGUAGUAGUAGCAGCAACUGUUCCCUGCCCACCAAUGUGGUAAAUCCUAUGCAACAACAGCCACCACCAACAUCAAGUAGCUCCACAACAAGGCCAACAAAUCGGGUGCUACCGAUGCAGCAGCGCCAGGAGCCUGCUCCUUUGUCCAACGAGUGUCCAGUAGUUCCAUCACCUACUCCUCCGAAGCCUGUCGAACAGCCGGUAAUCCAGCACUUAAACAACGCCAGUGCCUCCAAGUGUUAUGCCCAAAAGACGGCGUUACCUUCACCCGUGUACGAGGCGGAGCUUAAGACCAGUUCGGUUUUGGAGAGCAUUGUGCCAGUUACCACGAUGGAUGCAAUUUUGGAGGAACAGCCAGCCACGGAGUCCAUCUACACGGAGGGGCUCUACGAGAAGCAUUCGCCGGCGGAGGCCAAAACCGAACAACUUCUGCUCCAGCAGCAGCAGCGCGAGCAACUGAAUCAACAGCUGGCCAGCAACGGGUAUCUGCUCGACAAGCACACCUUCGAAGUGGAACCCAUGGACACCGACAUCUACAGGGGGGAUGAUCUUGAAGAGGAGGAGGACGAGGAUGAUGACUUUAGCCUCAAAAUGGCCACAUCGGCGUGCAAUGACCACGAGAUGUCCGACAGUGAGGAGCCGGCGGUCAAGGACAAGAUCAGCAAGAUUCUGGACAAUCUGACCAACGACGACUGUGCGGAUUCCAUAGCCACUGCGACGACGAUGGAAGUGGAAGCCAGCGCUGGUUAUCAGCAAAUGGUUGAGGAUGUCCUGGCCACCACAGCGGCGGCAUCUGCUCCCACCGGGGAGUUCGAAGGUCCUCUGGAAACUGCAGCUGUUGAAGCAGCAGCCACCUAUAUAAACGAAAUGGCCGAUGCUCAUGUUCUGGAACUCAAGCAGCUGCAAAAUGGAGUGGAACUGGAGCUCAGAAGGAGAAAGGAGGAGCAACGGACGGCACCACAGGAGGAACAGGAGCCCACGAAAACGGCCUUAGUGCCCACAGCAUCUGCUCCAGAACCACCGCCACCAAUUCGAGAGCCCAAGAAGAUCAGUGGACCGCAUCUGCUGUAUGAAAUCCAAAGCGAAGAUGGUUUCACGUACAAGUCCAGUUCAAUCGCUGAGGUCUGGGAAAAGGUCUUUGAGGCAGUGCAGGUGGCCAGGCGGGCCCAUGGACUCACUCCGCUACCAGAGGGUCCGCUGGCGGAUAUGGGUGGCAUCCAGAUGAUUGGCCUCAAAACGAACGCCCUGAAAUACCUGAUUGAACAGCUGCCGGGUGUUGAGAAGUGCUCGAAGUAUACUCCAAAAUAUCACAAGCGAAAUGGCAACGUAUCCACAGCGGCGAGUGCAGGACAUGGCGGGAAUAUAGGCGGAGGCAGUGCAUCCGCUGCCAUGGCGGCAGUUUCUGGUGGCGAUCCGCAAGGCCUACUCGACUAUGGAUCCGAUCAGGAUGAACUGCAGGAGAAUGCCUUUGAUUGUGCCCGCUGUGAGCCGUAUGCCAAUCGCAGCGAGUAUGAUAUGUUCAGCUGGCUGGCAUCCAGGCAUCGCAAGCAGCCCAUUCAGGUGUUUGUUCAGCCAUCGGACAAUGAACUGGUGCCCAGACGCGGAACUGGCAGCAAUCUUCCCAUGGCCAUGAAAUAUCGCACGCUGAAGGAGACCUACAAGGAUUAUGUCGGAGUCUUCAGAUCGCACAUCCAUGGACGUGGUCUGUACUGCACCAAGGAUAUUGAAGCGGGUGAAAUGGUCAUCGAAUAUGCCGGCGAGUUGAUUCGCUCCACUCUGACUGACAAAAGGGAGCGCUACUACGACAGUCGCGGCAUCGGCUGCUAUAUGUUCAAGAUCGAUGACAACCUCGUUGUAGAUGCCACUAUGCGCGGCAAUGCGGCGCGCUUCAUCAAUCACUCUUGUGAGCCAAAUUGCUACUCGAAAGUGGUGGACAUCCUGGGUCACAAACACAUCAUCAUCUUUGCGCUGCGCCGAAUUGUGCAGGGCGAGGAGCUGACCUACGACUAUAAAUUUCCUUUCGAGGAAGAGAAGAUACCUUGCUCAUGCGGUUCCAAAAGGUGUCGGAAGUACUUAAAUUAAUAAGUAGGGUCAAUGAAUAGGGAUGGGAACCAAAAUAGACGCUGGGCGUCUAAUUUAAUCCGUUUACUCAGAAAAUAGGGUUGGUUUUUGCAAGAGAUCUUAAAGUUCUUAGGGGUGGAAAGUGCUAUAUAAGACAGAUGUCAUGGAUACUUUGGUUUUAAUAUCUAUUUUGACCUUUUGCCAGAAGAAAAUCGUUGACAUUUUCGUAGAAAGUAUUGUAAAGCAAUAGUCCAAUACAAAAAACCUAAAUAACCGUUUAAAAUUAAAAAAAAUGGCACACCACUAAGGUGUACAUUUUCUUGUUACGGUUGGACUGUCGUAAUCGAUUUUUACUUAUUCGCGUGUUUUUUUUUUUUUAGUUCUUUUUUAAUAUUGAUCGAUCAAAUAUUUUCUUAGACUGAAAACCAUAAUGAAAAAAGCUUUGUUUUUCUUUUGGAAAGAAGUAACGGACUCUUAAUUGUGCAGAGAUUACUUUCCCUCCUGAAUUUUCUUUGCUUAAAUCAGAUAACCUGUUGUACACGAAGAACACACACCUGGAAUGAGAAUUGAAACACUUGUAGUUAACGGUUAUAUCGAUCUAUGUUUGGUCAAUCGUGAUACUUUUCGUUUUAAAACCCAUAUACGUCUUAAGUAGUUGAUAUGUAAAAGUUAAACAGUUGAUAUUAUUAUAUAUCCCAUAUAUAAAAAGCACGGCACAUAUAAGGCAACGAAGCAAGUGGAAGCCGAGAAAUCGGAGUGAAUGAACAGAAACUCGACGAUGUCAGUAUUCAGGGGGAGAAUAAUUAAAUGUAUAUUAAAUAUGUUACGUAUUAGCUGUCUACCACAUACGGAUAACGAUAUGCAGAUCAGUUAGCUAACUAGACUAAGGCUCCACAGAUUCUAUAUACAGCAUACACAUAAUAAGCUAAGCUAAUAAAUAUAACACUUGUUGGGCUUAGGCGAAUGACAGAUAAACGAUGGGAGACAUUAAAAACGAUUACUUACAGGGGCUUGUGUUAGAUUGUACAUACAUUGCAUACGAAUUAUAAAUAUCUAUAUUAUAUACCUACUGUAAUGAGAAAUUAACUAACCUUAAGUUACCAGGAUUGUGUAAGAAGAAAAACUAUUUUAUGUAGAGCUCUGCGUAUUUAUGUUUGUUAACAAUUAACCAAACGAUUAAUUGAUUGAACUACGAAUAAUAUCCGCAACCACAUGCUUAUAUAUCUAUUUAGAGAACGAAACCAAGCAUCACUUUUGAAAUUAUUGUAUUGUGAACAGGCAACCACAACAACACCACCCAAUUGUAAUUGUACGAACUCAAUUGAUUGUAUAUUUAUUUUUUACACCUAAGUUUUAAAGCAUGUACAUUUUUGAGACCAUUUGUUUGCCUUGAUCGGAGCCCAAGCAUAAUCAUAACUUGUAACGCCUAAUUUUAGUUCAGCUCCCUUGUAUUCUAUUAUUUUAACGAUUGUUUCGCUUAAGACUAGCUUUAGUCCGCUCUGGUAUUUGUCCAAAAUUGUACACACACACACACACACACACAAACAGCAGGCAGAUAUGUAUAUUCCUAUCGGGGCGAUCGGUCGGACUUGUACAGGCAAAGUUCCAUAGCAUUUUUGGCAGCCAUUCAAGACGCGCGCACUUUUUGCACGCUGUCGAGGAAUUUUAUAUUUUUAUUCCCUAAAGAAAAAAGUUUAAUAAACUACAGAUUAUAAUUCAAAGCAA